AUGUCCCAGCAGGCCCGUCAAGCUCAAGUUCCCGCACACUCAUCUUCGCCGUCGAAAUCCACAUCACGGCGGACUCCAAGUGGCGGCGGCGGUAGUAGUUCUCUUCCUCCUCCUCCAUCUCAACCGCACCAGCAGCCUCCCUCUACUACCACGACAACAAUUCCAAGUACUCGCAGCCUCCUACCCUCGCCGCCUUUUGAAGACGACCCGAUCGUCGCGUCUCAUCAACCGGCCAAACUCAGACACCGACCGAGCCUGACCCUCCACAACCCCGAGUACUCUGAGCACGCCGUGGCCGAGUCGGAACACUACUACAGCCAUGGCCUGGCGUCCGCGUCCGCCCACCCGGGGGAGUUGCCGAUCCCGUCCUUCCAACCCUUCUUCACCCUGAUCGAGGACAGCGUCACCAACGAACACUACCACCCCACGGUGCACUACAUCUUUGCAGACGACGACGCGGACAUCAUCACCGAAGCCGCGCUGAGGAGCCUGGAGAUCUUGGAUCCCACGCAGCGGGGGGAAUCAGGCGCUGCUACAUCGGGACGACAGACACGGCCACCUUUGCACGCUCACCAGACGCACACGCUCCACGGGCCUCCCGGAGACCACAGCCUUCAUCGUCAGGAUGACAGCAUCAACGUGCCUCGCCUGCCCCCGCCCGCGGCUGACGUGCGUGAACACUAUAUAAUCCUCGACGUGCACCCGCAGCUCCGCGCCCAGAACCAAGACGACGCCACCCCGGCAGGUACUGGUUCUUCGGGUGGCGGUGUCGGUGUUGGUCCUUUCUUCACCUACGAGGUGACGUCCGCACACAGUCUCAGCGCGGAAUGGCAGGUUUUGCGGACUAGCAUCUCGGCCGCCCCGACCAUCGGGGACGGGCCCAGUGAAGAUGGGGAAGGGCUGAUGCUGAGGAUUGAAGGGAGGGGAAACACACCGGGCGAUCUGGGGGGAGGUAAGGAAAAAGACAAGGCUACUGGGGAUAGAGACAGAGACGCCGAGAGGGAGAGGGAAAGAGAAAGCAUGGAGGAGAUGAUUGAGCGGUUCCAGCGACGUCUCGACGAUAUCAGGAUGGUAAUCGAGGCGGGCGGCAUCGCUGGACCUGUGGGUGCUGCCUUGGCCGGCGGAGAGGAAUGA